AUGAGGUGUGUCAGAUUUGAUGAUAUAAGAGAUAGUUCUUCUAGAAGAGAAGUGGAUAAACUUGCUCCCAUCAGAAAUAUUUUUGAAAUGUUCGUCGCAAAUUGUCAAAAAGUUCAAACUCUUGGAGAAUAUGUGACAGUCGACGAAAAAUUAGAUCCGUUCAGAGGAAGGUGCUCAUUUCGACAGUAUAUGCCAAAUAAACCAGCCAAGUAUGGAAUAAAAAUUUUUGCCUUGGUAGAUGCGAGAACAUUUUAUACAUGGAACCUAGAGAUUUAUGCAGGAACUCAACCAGCAGGACCAUAUAACGUUGAAAAUGGCCCAGACAAAAUUGUAAAGAGAUUACUAGAACCUAUUUUCAAUUCAGGACGCAACCUAACUGUUGACAAUUUGUACACUAGCUAUGAUUUAGCAAAAGACCUCUUGAAGAAAAAAAUUACACUUGUGGGAACAGUCCGAAAAAAUAAAAGGGAGCUUCCAAAGGAAUUCAUUUCUGAAAAAAAACGAGAACAAUAUUCAACAUUACUUGGAUUCCAAAAAAAAUUGGCACUGGUUUCUUACGUACCGAAAAAAAACAAAUGUGUUGUUCUUUUAUCCUCAAUGCAUAAUGGUGGUACAAUUGACGCUUCUACAGGAGAAGCAAAGAAACCAGAGAUUAUAACAUUUUAUAACCUUACAAAGGGCGCAGUUGAUGUAGUGGAUGAAAUGUCAGCUACAUAUUCUACUGCGAGAAUAAGUAAAAGAUGGCCUAUGGUCAUAUUUUUCAGUAUGCUGAAUAUUGCUACUGUAAAUUCUCGUAUCAUAUUACUGUCGUCAAAUACGCCACCCGUUCAGUAUAAGAAAAGAAGUUUAUUCAUAAAAGAUCUUUCUUUAGAAUUAUUGAAGGACCACCUUCAAGAAAGAAGUAUGCAGGCUACUCUUCCCCGUCAAUUGCGUGACCAAUUGAAUUGUAACCGCAGUGAAAAUUGUGAUACUCCCCCGCAAAAAAAGCAAACAUUUUCUAGAAAAAGAUGA